AUGACCAACAACGGCAGUGAUGCUUCGAACGGUGAAGAACCCUCUGUAACUGAAUUCGUGUCUCCCUCUGGUUCGACCCUCAUCUGUGGUGGUGCUGUUCCCGGCACAGGAUUAGAGAUAUCGACUGAAGCAAGAGCUUUAGCCCAAAGUGUCAGUGAAGCCAGACUUGCACAAGAAGUUCUGACCCUUCGAGAAGAACUCAACAAGAUCAAGCAGCAGGUGUGCCAAGUGACCAAGUGUAACGGAGAAGCAACUCUCAGUUCCCUCCAAACUGCAGGAAACGUGGUAGCCAACGUCAUCCGUGGGAAUGGUAUGGUCGGUCAAAAUAGUCCGAUCUAUUAUAUCUACGAGUCUGUGAACAUUUCUAAAGAGAUCUCCGACAAGUAUUGGGUUGCAUCGAUACCACAGCUCUAUGAGGAGGUCUGCAGAAAUGAGCCUACCCCGUUCCGCGCGCUCUUCAAGGGUGCCAAGAAGGAUACUUAUGAAGAUCUCGGUAGGGCCUUGCUCGAGACGGUUACUAUGCUCGAGAAGUCCUGGAACUUUCCGUUGGAUAUCAUAGUGGCUCUAUUGCUACAUCAUGUCUACCAGUACGGAACCCACUUUGCUGACUAA